AAGGCUCCCGCCUCUAUGAGCUGUUGUCAAGGGAACUAGAGGCGCUAACUCUGAGGGUUGCUAACGAAGGUCUCUUGUUUUGGUUUUUAAUGACAUGGCCGAGCUCCACAUCAUUGGACAGAUCGUCGGAGCGAGCGGUUUCCCUCAAAACAGCCUGUUUUGCAAAUGGGGAGUCCAUACGGGAGGAGCAUGGCGUCUCCUCUCCGGAUUAAAAGAAGGUCAGACUCAGGUUGACAUGCCGCAGGCGGGGGACAUGGCGUACUGGAGCCACCCGAUCGAUCUGCACUACGCGACGAGGGGACUCCAAGGCUGGCCCAAGCUUCACCUGCAGGUGUGGCACCAGGACUCUUUCGGACGGUGCCAGCUGUACGGAUACGGGUACUGCCACGUCCCGUCCAGUCCCGGACACCAUCGCAUCAGCUGCGUUACUUGGAGACCGCUCGGGUCGUGGCAGGAGCAGCUAGCUCAGAUGUUCGUCGGCGGUGGUCCUCAGCUCCGCAGCCCGGACCUUAUCUACAGCGGGGCGGACCGGUACAGGCUCAACACUGAAGCCAUGGGGACCGUGGAGCUGGAGCUCGGCUUAAUCAUGAGACACUUCGACAAGUACGGAGUUGACAGUUAGCCGGGGAAUACGUUACGUCAAAGUUAUGCUCAAUUCUGCUCACGUUUUUGUACAUUUUAUA